AUGUGGAACCCAGCCCAGCAGGUCCUGGGGAUUCCAGGACCCCAGAAGAUCCUCAAGACGUUGGGUACCUGGUGGAUCUCGUCGGCUACAGAUGAUAAGAAGCCGACCUUCGGAGCUUCAACAUCUUGCCCCCUGUCUGAGGUCAGCUGUCAAACGAAAUAUCAUGGUCAGGACACAUGCUGUUUCAAUUAUCCCGGUGGCCAGAUGCUGCAGACGCAGUUCUGGGAUGCGGACCCCGCGGUUGGUCCCGAUGACUCCUGGACUAUCCACGGCUUGUGGCCUGAUCAUUGCAAUGGUGGCUUUGAUCAAUUCUGUGAUUCCAAGCGGAAAUAUAGCAACAUUUCGCUGAUUCUGGUCGACUCUGGCCGUGGAGAUUUGCUCGAGUAUAUGACCGAGUACUGGAAGGACUACCGCGGCGAUGAUGCUCAUUUAUGGCAACAUGAAUGGGAAAAGCACGGCACCUGUGUCAGCACCCUGGAGACACACUGCUACGAGGACUACAUUCCCCAGCAGGAAGUAGUAGACUAUUUCGACAAGUCGGUCGAGAUCUUUAAGCAGGUCCCUUCAUACGAGUUCCUUGCAGCGGCUGGUAUUGUUCCAUCCCACAGCCAAACCUACGCACUUGCAGAUGUCGAAGAUGCGCUGGAGCAAGCCCACGGUGCCCCCGUCACAGUGCAUUGUCGGCAAGGAGCCCUCAGCGAGAUCUGGUACCAUUUCAAUAUUGCAGGAAGCCUCCAAACUGGCAGAUUUGUUUCCGCGCCUCCAGGAAAGGGGAACCUGAUGGUAUCCACCAUCAACCAGAGACGAGGCUGUAUCAUCAGCUAUGGAAGAUGGUAUGCGUCUGGCACAUGCGCUACUUUCCGGGUGUAUAAGGCGUCAGAGGAUUCCUUUACUCUAAAGUCUAGCAAGGGCCUUUGCGCAUUUGAAGAUGAUGCUUUGAAAUGCGGUAGCCAGGUCAGCAAGCCAAGCGAGUUUACGGUCAAAGAUGACAAACUCGCAUACCUGGGUAACACGACUUUUUACGCGGACAAUGCGCCUAAAGGUCAUGUCCAGAGCACCGUCUUCGCUUCUGAGGCAGAGCAUCUGAUUGAAAUUGAAAUUAGCUGGAAGUCGAAGGCUGGAUUCUGA